GGCCCCUGUCUCCUACAGAAAUUGCAUUUGCCAUCUUAUUUCAACGCAAAAUAAUCAACCGUAAUGCAGAUACUUUUAAUCACCAGUCUGCUGGUCGGCACCACUCUGGCCGUCGGCAAAGUUGGUAGUGGCGGCGGUUUCGGAGGUGCAGGUGGCUUCGGUGGUGGCAUUUCCGGUGGUGGAGCCAGUGGAGGGGGCAGCGGUGGAUCUGGAAGUGGUCAUGUUGUGAUUGUUGCAGGCGGUGGCGGCGGAGGAGGAUAUCGUUACGGAGGAGGACUCGGCGCUGGCGUCCCUGGUGGUUGGAGAACAGGAGGAGGCGGAGGCGUAUCCGGAAGUUGGAGAACUGGUGGGGGCUCCUGGGGAGGAAACGGGGGCUCGGGUGGACCGACGUCAUGGGGUGGAGUGACCGGAACCGGAGGGUGGGGUGUCACCGGUGGAAGUGGAAGUCUUGGUCCCAUUGGCGGUAUUGCCGGACCCGGAAGUACCAGUGGUCCUACAAGUGGGUGGACUGGCGGUUGGGGAUCUAGUUCCGUCACCGGUGGAUGGGGCGGACGUGGCAGCUGGAGCGGUCCAGUCGGACGCCCAGGUGGCGUCACCGGAGGAUGGGGCAGACCAACUAGUGGCUGGAGGAACACAUGGGGCGGACGUGGACCAACACCAGCUGGUAGCGGUGGAUUGUUUGUCGGCGCCGGUGCUGGGCCGAGCUAUGGAUAUGGGUUCGGUGGUGUUUUCGGACCAAGCGGCGGAAGUCCUGUAGGGGGUCCCAGUGGCACCUUCCCAGGCGGCCCAGUUUCCGGUGGACCCAGCGGUCCUGUUUUCAUUCCAGGCGGACCUGGUGGUCCCGUUAUCAUGCCAAGUGGACCUAGCGGCUCGACAUCCGUUGGCCCCGUUUACGGUGGCCCAGGCGGACCCGUGUCUGGAUUUCCAGGAUUUGGAGGACCUGGUACCGGCGGAGUAAGCGGCAGCUUUAGAAGCACCUUUGGAGGCGGUCCCGUUAUCAUGCCAGGCGGACCAAGUGGAUUCACAUCCGGUGGCCCCGUUAACGGUAGCCCAGGAGGACCCAUGUCUGGAUUUCCAGGAUUUGGAGGACCUGGUACCGGCAGUGUAAGCGGCAGCUUUAGAAGCACCUUUGGAGGCGGUCCCGUUAUAAUGCCAGGCGGACCAAGUGGAUUUACAUCCGGUGGCCCCGUUAACGGUGGUCCAGGAGGACCCGUGUUUGGACUUCCAGGAUUUGGAGGACCUGGUACCGGCAGUGUAGGCGGCAGCUUUAGAAGCACCUUUGGAGGCGGUCCCGUUAUCAUGCCAGGCGGACCAAGUGGAUUUACAUCCGGUGGCCCCGUUUACGGUGCCCCAGGCGGACCCGUGUCUGGAUUUCCAGGGUUUGGAGGACCUGGUACCGGCGGAGUAAGUGCCAGCUUUGGUGGCGGAUUCAGAAGCGGUUCCGUUAUUAUGCCAGGCGGUCCUAGCCCAAUGACAUCCGGUGGCCCUGUUAAUGGUGGACCAGGAGGACCCGUGUCUGGACUUGGCGGACCUGGUACCGGCGGAGUAAGCGGUAGCUUCGGAGGCACUGUCGGAGGCGGUUUUAGCGGAAGCGUCGGCGGUGUCCCAAUCGGCAAAAGAUACUAAUUUCCACUACUAAACCACGGAGCACGGGAGAAUCAGGGGUCGUUCUUGAAACAUUUCCGACGAUGAUUUGCCAGUGUCUUUCCCUACUUUCCCGUCGUCGACUGGACCGAUUGAUCGACGAGAUAUAUUGAUGUAGUUGUAUUUUAAUUUAUUAGUUCGCUUAUAUACUCUCUAAUAUUGUUGUGUUGUAUUUCCCAAACGCCAUGUUGUAAUUGCGAUGAUAUAUGUGUUGGUGUCAUGUUACGGCUUCU